AUGGAAGCAGUCAGUGCAGUUGCAAAUAUUGUUGCGCUCGUGGAGGUGACCGCGAAGAUUGCCAUUGAGUGUCUCACGUAUAUCAAUGCGGUCAGGGCUGCGUCUGCUGAUAAACUACUCCUCGAGAAGGAAAUCAAUUCCUUGCUCGACAUUCUCGAUGAUGCCAAGCAACUUCUGAAUGGUCCCAAUACCGCGAAGCUAUCUUCCUCGCAGAAACUACACAAUGCGGUUGUCGACUGCCACUCGCAGCUCUCAGAGCUGGAAGCCAGAGUCAAGCCGAAGAAGCCCCGCAAGAUCGCAGGUUUCAUCAAAUUUCGGUCGUCUUUAAAGUGGCCCUUCGAGAGCAAAGAGUUCGAAAAACGUCUCCAGAACAUGGAGCGAUGUAGGAAUACUAUACUUUUAGCAUUGCAGAUUGAUCAAACAGUUGCUAUUCUCAGCAUAGUAGAGAAUCAAGAUAACGCAACACUCUCAACAGUUCUAUCGCACCUACCCUCUGCUGAGGGGGCAUCUUUCGAUUCUCAUGCCAACGAGGGUGACCCAAAAUGCCACCCUGAUACCCGAACGGAUAUCCUUCAGCAGAUUUUUAACUGGGCAACGGAUCAACAGUCCCAGGCCAUCUUCUGGCUAAAUGGGAUGGCUGGUACCGGAAAAUCUACUAUUUCACGAACUGUGGCUCAAACCCUUUCUGGCAUGGGCUUUCUAGGUGCCAGCUUCUUUUUCAGAAGGGGCGAAGGCGACCGUGGCCAUGCAGCGAAAUUUUUCACUACCAUUAUCGCCCAGAUGGUGUCCAAAUUGCCGGUGUUGUUAGAACAUGUGAAAAAGGCUAUUGAAGCAGAUCCUGACUUGGUCAAGAAGGCUCUUACCGAGCAAUUUGAGAAAUUUAUUUUGGAGCCUUUGCUUGAGUUGACGGGACGGUUUCCAAAGGCACCACAUCUCGUUAUUGUGAUUGAUGCUUUAGAUGAAUGCGAACGCGAGCAAGAUAUAAAAGCCAUCCUUCACCAUUUGGCCAGGACGAAAACUAUUCAGUCGAUAAACUUGCGGAUCUUCGUAACUAGCAGGCCGGAAUUACCGAUUCGAUUGGGUUUUUAA